AUGGGAGGAGGAAACGAGAACGAACAGACGACGACGACGACGACGAAAAAGUCAUGGUUUUCCGCGCUGAGCGAUUCGGUGAAGAAGAAAACGAACAACAACAGCGAGAAAGAAUCCUCCUCCUCAAAAGGGUUUAAACAAGAGAGCGACCCGCCUUCGUCGGAGAACCUGUCGCCAAUCACGUCGAAAAAAGCCGCAGCUGCGAAAGAGUACAUUGAAAAUCUGUAUAAAAAACAAGCGAAAGAUUUACGCGAGAGGCAGGAAAGAAGAAGCCGAAUGGAACGGACCGCGAGUAAUUCUUUGAAUAGUAACAACAACGGUGGGACUCUGUCGUCGUCUGGGAACGUCAGCGCGGAGGAUUUAGAUAACAACGGGGAAGGUAGCGGGGAUUUUAACGAAGCGCUGAUGAAGGAGUUGGAAGAGAAGGAACGCAUGUACACGAGAUUGAAACGAACGAAACUGUCACCGAACGAUUUCGAACCGCUGACAAUAAUUGGAAAAGGUGCGUUCGGGGAGGUUCGAUUGGUGAGAGAAAAGUUGACCGGGAAAAUUUACGCGAUGAAAAAGUUGAAAAAAACGGAGAUGGUGCGAAGAGGCCAAAUCGAUCACGUGAAAGCGGAGCGGAAUUUGUUGGCUGAUGUGCACGAUCAAACCGUAGUGAAGCUCUUUUAUUCGUUCCAGGACGAUGAGUUCUUGUAUUUGGUGAUGGAAUAUUUACCAGGUGGGGACAUGAUGACUUUAUUGAUGCGAAAGGACACGCUGACGGAGGAAGUGACGAGGUUUUAUAUCGCACAAACGGUGUUAGCCUUGGAAACCGUGCACCGACACAAUUUUAUUCACAGAGAUAUCAAACCAGAUAACUUGCUGUUAGAUCGCGAAGGACACAUGAAGUUGACUGACUUUGGUUUGUGCAAACCAGUGGACCCGCAGGUUUUGUUAGGAAAUAAGGACGUGAACUUGAACGAAAACUUUGACAAGUUAUCGUUGGAACAACAAAAUAAGAACGAUUCGGAAACGUUAGCGACGUGGCAAAAAAAUAGAAGGCGAUUGGCAUAUAGUACGGUUGGGACUCCAGAUUACGUCGCCCCGGAGGUACUUUUGAAGAAAGGCUACGGAUUAGAGUGCGACUGGUGGUCCGUUGGAGCAAUCAUGUACGAAAUGCUCGUUGGGUACCCGCCGUUUUACUCUGACGAACCGGUUUCAACGUGUAGAAAAAUUGUCCACUGGAGGCAUCACUUGAAGUUUCCUCCGGAGGUCCACUUGUCAGACGACGCGAAGGAUUUGAUCGAGUCGUUAUUGUGCGACGUGGAGGUCAGAUUAGGAACGAACGGAGUAGAUGAAAUCAAGCAACAUUCGUUCUUUAAAGGCGUUAAUUGGACGAACAUUUACGAAGAGCAAGCCCCGUACGUGCCGACGGUGACUGGGGAGUUAGAUACACAGAAUUUUGAGGACUUUGAGGAAGAUCCUCCGGACAAGGCGAGCGAGGAGGAGAAGAAAAGAGAUGAGAAGGCGGCGAAAGAAUUAGCCAAGAAAGGUGGAAAGAAGGGCGGAUCGUCUCCUGGAGGUCAAGGAGAGAGCGGCGUUCAGCAAAAGAAAGAUUCAGAGUGGAUUGGAUACACGUAUAAAAAUUUUGAAGUCGUCGGGGAAGAGGUGAAGAAGAAGACGUCUUCUCGACCGUCGAUGAGCUCCGUGUUCCGCUCGCCUUGA